CUCGAACGUGUAGAAGCCGGGUCGCCUUCGUAAGCCCCCAUCCAUUUGCACCGCUUUGACGGCUACAUCACCGCUCUGACGGCUGCAUCGCUUAUCAAGCAUAUUUUUUUCUGGAAUGGCUCGCAACGCUAUCAGCUCCUGCAGUCCAAAGAUCGACAAAGGGCCGCCGCUGAGUUUAUCCAGGCUCAGACAACGUCACAGUGAGGAAGCUCGAGCACCGUUACCUGAACGCCUUCCGUGCAGAGGACACAUCGCAUCUAAAGCGAGCGCUAUUGCAGCCUCACUAAGAAGCCCGUAAACAAACAGAUGGUCUGACGUCAUCCACUCCCACGUAGCCACUUCCGCACUGGUAUGCACAAGAGACACCUCGCUGACAUGGCACGCUACAUCCUCCUCCGCACAAUAUGUAUUCCGGUAAUUCUGCUGUUACAUGGUGGCAACUGCAAAGAUGUUACGAACCAGCUAGACACGAGUCCGAACGGAUUAGCGACGACGGAGCUACCGAGUGCUGCCUCAGGACAUCCUCUACUCACCCCAAGUGCACUCUGCAAGAAGUACCAGUGCGGAUGCCUUCCAAGCGACUCCGUAGCUGAAAUGAGGGUGGACUGCUCCUACAAAAGCAUCGACAGUAUGGACCGACUGAGUGUUCCCCUUUAUGUCGUCGAAAUUGACCUAUCCGGCAACAAUUUCACCGUUAUCCUCGACUAUUAUUUUUAUGUCGGUGAAGGCGUGCAUGUUCUAGACCUCUCGCACAAUUCCAUCACGUUCGUCGCAAUGAGAUCAUUGCACGGUCUAAUGAACCUAGGAACUCUCACACUGGCUCACAACAAGCUACACUCCUUAGAAGAAGACGUAUUCGGCGGCCUGACUAAGUUGCGUAACUUGGAUCUCAGCUACAACCGCAUCUCAACGUUGCUUCCAACGUACUUUGAAAACCUUUCAGAUUUGGAGGAUCUCAAUUUAGCGCACAACCCCUUGAUGGAGCUCAGUGGUAGUGCGUUUAAUCAGUUGAAAUCGCUGAAUCAUCUUAAUCUCCAAAGCACUGGGCUUAGGACUCUGAAGCCCGACGACUUCAGGAACCUUGCCAACCUCAAGGCGUUAGAUCUGAGUUCUAAUGCUUUCGAUGCGGUUCCGCUGAGUGCUAUGCGUACCAUGACCCAACUAAGACAUCUGGACCUCAGCAGCAACCUGCUGCACAUAUUACCUCCAUUUUCGUUUUAUAACUUAACAUCUCUGAGGAGUCUCAACCUAAAGUACAUGAUCAACCUGAAAAGCAUUGAGCACCAUGCAUUCAGUGACGUGGCGAGUCUCAAGAUAGUGGACCUGAGUUUCUCGCCUCAUUUAAAAAGGAUUGACAAGCUCGCGUUCACGUUCAAUUCAACUGGCGCAAGAAUCGAACUGGAUUCCUUCUAUGCGAGACAAACCGGCCUUGAGACGCUGUCCUCGGCGCUGCUGCAGUGGGACUAUGUGAAUGAGGUGGACCUCGCAGAGAAUCCGUGGAUCUGUGACUGCAGGCUGUCCUGGAUGCAGGAUUUGAUCAAUAUAGAUGUUACCGAUGGGAAAUUAAGAUGUGCAAGUCCAGAAGCCCUUGCAGGUCGACUGGUCACUAAACUGAAGACAGCAGACAUGUGCUCCAACAUGGUAACACUUCCCACUGUGCACGACGUGAGCGCCGCCAUGAAGGUCGUACUAGGACUACUCAUCGUCGUCAGUAUCGUGCUUGCUGUGGUCAUUGUCACGAUGAUCUAUAUGAAAAUCAGGUCACGAAAGCCGAACAUGUACAUGGGCCUGAAGGAACGCAUCAGUUAUAACGCUUCAGCUGCGGAUGAAUGAUUAGUGAACUCUUCCCUGGACAGCAAGACUGUUGGACUCAUCACUGCAGGCGGUGUGUAGCAUCGGUCACGACGAAGACGAGAAAAAAAGACACAGCUCAACCCUUAGAGUGCAAGAAAGUUACAUGCCUCGUAAAAGAUAGUCACUACACGUUGCCCACUGAUUCGGUCAGUGGAGUCUGUCUGGAAAAGAGAGCAAAUGUCAGAUCACUCUUAAGUGUGGCGCGUCGAUAUGCCACAGACGUUCGCCUUGCGGUCGCUUGCCAAAGAGGGCUGGGGAGGGAACGAAAACGAAAGUGUCGGAAGCUAUAGACGAUCCUCCGUUUACAAACGUGUGAUGUCACGAUAAGACUGGUUCGAGGUUAUAUUUUGCUGUGGUGGGCAAGAAGCGGGAAAAACGCCUCUGCUGAUAGGCGGAAAAGGCUGAUAAGAUUGAUAGGUGCCCACCCGCAUGCUUUGCGCGGCGGCGAAACGUAAUCGAUUACGUGGGGGUGUAGGUCGUCUAUAGCGCCAGCGAAGCCACCGAAAGUCACUUGGCAACGUGUUGUGACGUCACUGCGACGGUGCAGAAGGAAUGCAUUCCAAGGGCGUUGGUCAAAUCUGCCAAAAACUCUAGAUGAACUACGAUUUCCUGUUGAUUAGUCAACCGCAGGAGUGUGCCCGUGCAGGCUGCAUACUAGUCAUCAUUGUGCAGUCUACACAGUGCUUGAACAAUGCCAGACUUUUUCGCGGAAUUGGACGUGCUUCACCUUUGCGCGUUUGAUAACGUGAGGUUUACGCAGUUCUAGAGCGUGGCAGCUGUAUGUGUCUACUUUUUAUGUUGAUUCAGGCGGUUUCUAUGACGUCUUCCACUAGAACACAUAAGUUGCUGGAAAAUGAGCGCCGUUUCAGGAAAAUCAUGGAGAGUUUAUACGACUUGUGUUUGAAGUGUUUUACUUGUGACAUGUUAACGUGAUACACAGCAGGUGCUGAAAAACAUAUGAAAUUCGAAGGCUUGUACCCUUCCAUGUUCCCGAUUUUCAGUGUAGUACUUCGUACUGACAUUUCACGGCAAAACACAGAGCUGGCAGCACCUUGUGCAUGGCUCCAUGUGCUCUUUAUAAAUGUCUGUUGUGGAUGUAAAAUCAUAUGUUUUCCCUUGCACUCAUCUAAAGGUAAAGAUGUUCACGUCUCAGAUACCUCUUUUAACGUGCUUUCUUUAAGCCAGAGUGCCAACGGCAAGAUUGCAUGUCUUAGUCAAAUCAUCUAAGGCAUUCACAACGGAAAAAUAAAUCAAACAUCUUACUGCUGAUGUACAACUCGA